UAAAAAAAGUAGUAAUCACUUUGUACCUCCUUUUUUUAAGGUUUAAAAUUAGCCGAGGUAAGCCACCCUGCCAUGGUGGAUCUGCCUGCUCCCCUCUUCAUAUGUCAUCCCUUAUCUCUUUUUUCUUGACAUUUUUAUUCAUUGCCUCUGAUUUCGUUCUGUACCACCCUAAAUUAACCGCAUCUGCAUAUAAAAAAAAACAAAAUGUCAUGCUUUAUUUUUUUUCUUUUUUUGGUUUCCAAGGUGACAGGCUAGGGGUGAAACUCUCAUUGUCAAGCACAUCAUAUGAUGCUCUUUGCAAUCUCUCUCUGUAAGGUGUAAUUUCAGUUAGAGCAAAAGGAAAAAUCUGGAAAGGAAAGGCCUUGUCAUUUUUGUAUGUACACAAAUGAUAGGUGUAUAGUCAUAUUGUUUCUUGACACAUACAAAAAAAAAGAUCUACCUUUGUUCUUUACCCGUCUUUUUUUUUUACUUUUUUUUUUUUUUAAAUCGCAGACAAUGGUCUUGUCUUGCGUAACAAGUGACGAGUGUCC